UUUUUUGAGAAAUUUCACACAAUAAAAACUGUUGGACACCCAGUAGAGUACCUACGAUUGUGCUUAUCGUGUGUUCACUAUAGAAAUUAUAUACUAUAAGAUGAAAUUACUAUAAUAGUAUUUAGUAAAAACAUGUUAUAUUUUAUAUAGUAAAUACUCUCACUGAAAGGGUGCAGAAAAAGUCCAAUAGUUAAGAAAGAUAUUUUCUCUAUAUAUGUUCGAGGACACACAGUGGCGUCCAUGAAAUUGGCCACACACAUUGUCCUACAGACGAAAAACAGAUAUGUAUGUAUGUUUGAGCCACCGAGUCACUUUGUUAAUUUUUAAAUUUUGAACGUUAUAAUACAAUAGGUAAAAUUAAAAAUUAAAUAGAACAAUAAUUAACAAUAAAAUAUCUAAAUCAUUCAAAAAUUUAAAACAAUUAAAUCAAUGUGACCUUAGUAAAGCGUAUAAGCUUAUAAGAUUAAAUUGUUAAAUUUUAUAUUGCACAUGUAACUCACUUUAAAAUUUAAAUUGCAUAAAACAACAUACAAAUUAAUUAUUUGUUCAAAGAACUGUAACGUAAGGGUUACAAAUUAUUUCUUAAGAAAUGUAAUUAUUUCCUUAAACACUGCACAAUUUUGAUACUGGUUUGAAGUCCAUGGAAUAAUAUGAGGGAGGGGGCAAUUUCAAACGUUUAAACGUCAGGUGCCGCAUCGCCACCACAUAUAUAUAUUGUUUUUAAACAUUUAAAAAUAAAAAACCAAUUCCGAGACAAUGGGUGUCUUACAUUAUAUUUAUCACAUGUAUGUGUAUUAAGGGAUAUUCCGAGUGUGUCCUAUUUUCAAUUUUAUAUUUUUCAUAGCCCGAGUUUGUCUGCGGUCUUAUCGAGUAUUUUUAUUUUGAACUGUUUGAGUGUCUUUUAGGUCUCUAGGCCUUUUUUUUAUGGGGAGGGGGAGGAUGAAAUAUAUUUUCACCCCCUCUUUAAAAUGGAAAAUUUCUCAAAAAAGUAACCUCACAGCUACAAUUUUCUUCCAAUUACACAACACAGGAAUAUGACUGUUUUAUAUUUAUAAAAUAUAGCAUUUUAAUACAUAAAAAAAGAAAUUUGUAUUUAAUUAAUUAUAAUAUUACAACGCGUGUUAUAAAUUUAUAAUACAAACCUUCGGUUUUUCAUAAAAGAGAAUUUUCAAUGAUAUCAUCCAUCGGUAUACUUAUUGGCUGCUACUAUAAAUAUGCAACAGUCUUAUGCCCGCAUAAGCGAUCCUGGUACAUUUAUUUUGUAAUUAGAAAUCAAUGAUAAAAGACAACGGUUGAACCGUCAAAACGAAAUUACAGCUCCAGAAAUAUUGACUAGGUUCGACCAAAGAUAACAAACAUAUUUUAAUAUCUAUAGAUUUGACCAUGUCGUUAUAUUAUUAACUACUUAAUGAAAAAUACAUUUUCAAAAAUGAUUGUAAAAACACUAAAAACAAAUAAUAAUGAAUGUAUAUAAUAUUAUGCAGCCCAUCAGGCGAAUGUCUCUCUUUUCCCCUCACCUAUAGGUACGCCACUAGACUUGACAAAGGGCAAUUUCGGGACGCCCUCGGGUAACCCCGACAUCAACGCUUCGCGACUAAAUAAAUAUACCUAAAUUAAAAUAACUUAUACCGCCCAAUAUUUUCUCUAUUCCGUUUAACAGAUUAUGAUUUAAUAGAAUAAAUUUCAAAAUGCAGCCCGCAGAGGAGGGAAGUCGUCUACUUUGUCCAACCAAAGUUACGCCCAGCGAUAUAGUUACAUCAACGUGUACAUGUGUGCAAUGACCUCGUACACGAGAGUGCACCGAGCGGUCAUCAAACUCUUGGUAAUCUCGUACAGAAUCGAAUACGUGAACUUUUAUCGAAAAAAGUAGAUAGAUACAAUAAUAAUAAUAACUAUUAUUAUAUUUAUGUUUAUAUAUAAAAAAAAAAAAAAAAAAAUAAAAAAAAAAAUGUUAAGUGGUAUUACAAUAAAAUACAAACGAAUAUUAUUAUUAAUAAAAUAUUUAAUAUGACGGCGAUCUUUGACCAGCUCCGCUCCUAUCCGAGUUGACGCGUUAUCGGGUUUCGUUUCUCAGUUCCCGAUGAUUUUUUAACAGUUAUCGGACGUUAUCGGUUAGCCGUAUUUUAUCCACAUAUGCACAUUCGUGUACACUUUUCGAUACUGCGACGGCAGUUCUCGUAACACCGUACACUGUGCACAGUCUGCGGGCCGCGUUUAGUUUCUUCCGAACUACCGGCCACCAUCCCGCGACACGCCGCCAUGGAUAUCGUUCCAGUCGAACCGUACCAGUUCACCGUGUCGGCGACCAAUUUCUCAUUCUCGUUUUUCAGGGUGAAUACAAAUUGUUUUUUCGCCGUCUUGAGAGUCGCCAUUCUCAAUAUUAUUAUCAUGCGUAACGUUUUUGUUUUUGGUCUCUUUCCGCGUGCAGGAAUUGUCCACAAACGUCGAAGGCAACGUGUUCGCGUCCACGUACAGCGUCAAUUUGCUACUGUUGCUCCUGACCAUCGGGGCCCAGCACAAGACCGCUGAUCAGCUCAAGUCGUUGUUGCGGUUGCCCGAAGAGCAGACGCAGCGGUACGAGGAAAUCAGCACAUUUAUCGAAAACACUCAAGUAAGACGACGUACUGUACAUGGUAGUAUCGUUAAAAAAUGACGGUUACCGGUUAAACAAAUAUUAUAUUGCUAGCAUCAUAGACGUGCAAAAAUUGAUUUUGGAUUCAUUAUAUAUUGGUGAAUUUUUUAUUUGAAAGACUUACAAAAAUGAACGCCGAAUAAAUAAAAAAAAUGAUUACUUACGUUAUUUAUCACUGCGAUAAUUCUCCUACUUCAAGGUGCUUAUCUAUCUAUCUGUCUAGUAUUUUGAUAUUUAGCUAUUACUCGGUAAACUGAAUUCGUAUACUAUACCUACUAUUGCCUAUAUUAAAUACUUAAUAAUGUAGAUGUAACCUAUAUUAUCUACCAAUAGAUUUUAAUUCUUACAUCAAUGAUCCAAUGAAAGAGGACAUAUUCAAAAAUAAUUCAAGGGAUGUGUUGGGGUAAUUAAAAUCUAUCCAAUACCAAUAUAGUUUUAUUUCAGAGAGUAGUGUUGAAUUAUAUUUUUUGUAAUCAUUGGCAGAAGUACUAUCAUUGAUCAUGUAAUUAAUGGUAUUAUCCCUUUAGUGACUAAGGUUGUCGCUUGGUUCAUUAGUAUUAUUUCUCGUAAUAAUUAUUAUUUUUUUAUAUUAUCAACUUAUAUCUCCAUUGGAGACGCUCCGGUAAUGAAGGAGUUAAGUGGUCCUUUAUUGUUUUGGUGGGCUGGUUAAACAAAUGAGUCAGUUCUGAAAUUAACAUUUUAUAGAUGAACUGAUUACUGAUUAGUAUAACUAAUUAAAUAUUAUUUCAUUAAUAGGCUAAUUCUUAUCUUCGGUUAAAUAUAAAAACUAAAUACAACGUUCAUAAUAUAUUAUGUGGCCAUAAAAAUCAACAAUUUAAGAUUUGGAUUACAAAUUUAAAAUUAUUAGUAGUUUUAUUAGUAAAGUAUAUAUAUAUUUUUUUUUUAUUGAAUAAAAAAUACAAAAGAAAAUAUUCAGAAUACGUAUUCAAAUAUUUUUUUGAAAAGUAUUCAAAAUAGUAUUUUUGAAUAAGAAUAAAGUAUUACAAACAUAUUUUUAUUUGAAUACAUUUAUUCGAAUACUUUACAAGAAUGUCGGUCUUUUACCGAUUGGGUUCUUCUUUUAAUAAUCGUUUUAAUAAGUAAGUUUUCUUUUCUCUCAGCUAAUCGAUAUUACUUACAAUUAUUUUAAUUUUAUUAUCCGGAUGUAUUUUUGUGUAGCUCGAGUGGUUGACAUAAGCAGACGUUUUGAAUCCAUUACGGUAUCCUUAAUCUCCUUAAAGAUCCGGAAUUACUACAAAUACCUUAGCCAUUGUAACUGAUAACCACGGCUCCGAUUGCAUUUUACAUGAAGCAAUAAUUUCUUCUAUAAUACAAACAAUUUCAUUUGUUGAAAAUAUUACUUAUUCAAUAAAAUAGAGCAGUUCAAUGAAGGUUUUUUAAGUCUUUUUACCAUUUUUGAUUUUUUAAAUAUUUUUUUCGGGGUUUUGUAAAAUUACGUUUUAAGCGCAUUUUUGUGGAUUUUAUGUGCAAUAAAUGCCGAGUCCUACUGAUACCCAAUAAUGCUUGGUCGUAUGUUUUCGACCAAAUCUCAAACCGUUUAUCGAGUUAAAAUAUUGCAUAUUUAUGAAAAAAAAAGAUAAUGGACAUUAAACGACGUUUUAACGAAGUCGAAUUGCCAAUUUUUUUCGCAUAAUAAAAGUUGAAAUCUACUUUUUAACAAUAAAAAAAAAAAUAGUUCAACUUAUAAAAUAAUAAACAGGCAAACGUAGGUAUAUAUAUAUGUAUAUAUUUUUUUUGUUUUUAUAAAAGAUUUUAGUUUUUUGCUGCAUUUUUUUUUUGAUAUUUCAGUUGGCCAAACUAUACUAAAGGUUCUCUAUAUAAUAUGUGCAGUAUAUACGUAUAUACUAUCAUUGUAAUUAUUAUAAAAUUUUUAUUUUUUAAACUAAUAAUAUUUUAAACGCAAACUUUGAUUUAUUAUACCUAUUCUGUUAUACCGGUAAUGGACUCGAUUCAAAGUUUUUUUUUUUUGUUUUUUACUUUUAGUUGUUCGGUUCAUUAUCGUUUUCGAAAUUAAAAAAAAAAAAAAAAAACUAUAACAUAUCAUAUAUAUAAUCUGUACCCUUUAUAUAUAUUUAUACACGUCCCCCAAGACCUCAAAAUUGACCCCGUGACUCAAACAGAGCGGUCAUCCACACACUUCUCGCACAAAAAUUAUACAACUUUUUGUUUUUGUUUAAUUAAAAAUCGCGAAUAUACAAGCACGCGCUGUAAACAUAACCAUUGAAUUCGAAUACGUUAAGCGAAAAACACUAGACUAAUAAUUAAAUAUCGAAUCAUUAAUAAUAACGAGUGAAUUGUAACAAUUAGUUGUUCGGUUCAUUAUCGUUUUCGAAAUUAAAAAAAAAAAAAAAAAAAACAAAGAAAAACAUUCUCAGAAUAUUAUUAUUUUAUCAUUUCCAUAAAAUACCUAGUAAUUAAAAACGAUAAUUAUUAUAGCUUGUUUUCCGAGAAACGCUUUAAAAUAGUAAUAAAGAUACACUUUGCGCGUAAAUAAAUAACCGUAUUAUAAUAUUAUAAUAAUAAUCGUUUUAAUGAUCGCAUAUAUUUAUAACUAUUUUUAAUUACGAUGAGUUCACAACAUAAGUAUGAUAACAAAAAAAAAAAUAAUACUAUACCCACUAGCUCUCCCACCCGGCGUUGACAGUGCCUAAAGAAAUGCACUCUAACAACGAACUAAGUAACCAUUUUCUAUCAGUAACUACAGUUCCUCGUGACAAAUAUUACAUAGCUUACCCUUAUUUAUUUUAGAUUUCGAGCGAAGUAAAGAAUGUAUUGGUUUUACUAUGGUGUGUAUUUUUUUUAUUUUUUUUCCUAUCUGUAAUUAAAUUUUUUCUGAGAAAUUUUACUCCAAACAAAUCACGACAAGAGAUAUUUUUCUUGAAUUUUGGCUCUAGUUGGUGGUGAUAUACAAUUUCGUACAUUUGGGAAAAUCUAAGAAUUGCAAAUAUUAGCUAAAAAUUGUAUGGCCUUUUUUUUUGUGAACAACUUUUCCACCAGCAAUUUUGCUCCAACUUUUAAUGAUAGUAAUUUUUUUAAAAGGAAAUUUUACUGGGGAGGUACUUUACUGAGGUCAUUUUUUUGAUUUUAUCCGGAAUAUUUUCAGCAUAUGUGAAAAACUGGAAAAACAGGAAAACAAGGAAACAUAUAGAAAAGCCGAGGAAAUCGGUACAACGGUAUCAAAUAUUAUUAUAGAAAAUAUAAAGCGCCCAUUUAAUUAUUUUACUAUAAUAUGGCAUAUUUAUUGUUGAUAAAGCAUCAUUAUUAACUGAACUCCGCUCAGAAUCGGGUUUUCUUAAGCAAUGGUUGCUUACAAGUAUACAUUAAAUUACCUAUAAUAGUCGCUGUUCCCAUCCCCAUUAUCCUAGGACAUUUUUUUUUGGAAUUUGUAUACAUAAUAUUAUGUUAUAAAAAUUAAAAAAAGUUAUUACGAUAAUAACUUAAUUUUGAAUUAAAACAAUUGACACAAAACCGAUAGUAUAGUCAAUUAAAAACUAUUAUAAAUUAAUAAAAGAAUUAAUUAUAAUCUAAAACCUUGGUGUCGAUAACCAGUCCCUGCAGAUAAAAAAUUUAAUACAUUACUAUCUAUUUUAAAUUGAUUAUAUGGCAAUAUUAUAUGCGGUUAUCUUUUUAGAUAACUUCAGUGUUAGAAUAGUUGUUAAAAUAAUAGUCACAAUUACGUUUAUCAAACUAGGUACCUUAAAGAUAAGUUAAUCAGAGGUUUUUCCUAAAAUAACUUGUUUUACAAAUUGUUCCUAAAUUUCACGUUUUUGAACAUGCAACGGUAACGGUGCACUAAAUUUGGGUAGGUAGAACGUACGCAAUCGUAAUAGUGAAAAACGUACAUAGUAGACAGGUACAAUAACGUAAACAAUCGUGUAUCAUAUACAAUCUUAACGCAUCCCUAUUUGAUAUCUAUUUUAAAAAGGUAAUUUUUUUGAAAUUCUCUUGAUAUCCGAGAUAAUGAAGAAAAACUGGUUCUUUAGAUUAAAAAAUAAUAAAAUACUGAAAAUAAGGUUAUUAUUGGCAACCGUUUUUAUUUAUUUUUUAUUAUCAUUAAGUUUUUAUUAUUUAAAUAAUUUAAUCUUUUUAAACAAUCGUAAACAAUUGAAAACGCACAUUGUUGGAGAAGCAAUACUAUUGAACGAGUUCCAUUCAGAGUCAUUUUUCAUUAGCAAUGAUUAAUUGUUACGAACAGAUAUAAAUUAAAUUUCCCCCUGUAGCCGAACUUUAUCAACUAAAAAAGUGGCCCACCCGUGGUACGAAGUAUGUUUGUCUGGUUUUUUAUCUUGUUUGUUAUUAUUUUAUUCGCAUUGCCAAGGUAAUCUGUAAAUCAACAAAAAUAAUUAGUUUUUCGUAUCAAAUGUAUCGAUAACUUUGUGUGAAACUCCUUUUAGGAGGAAUUUUGGGGAAAAUACUUAGUCUACAUCUUUUCAAAGUUUCAGCACAAUCCGUUUCGUAGUUUUGGCGUUAGGGGGUAACAAACAAAUUUUCUCAUUUAUGAUUAUUGUGGGUUAUCCUGAUGAUAUGAACCAUUAGCAGUUCUGGCAUUCUUGAAGAGAUAACAAUUAGACAAUACGAUAUCCUUCUAGAUAUAUUGGCACGCAUCCCCCAUUGUCCAAUACGUCCAAUAUGUUUUAUUUAAAAAUCUAUAGGACGACCGCAUUACUCUUUCAACUUUUCUCGUAAUCAACUAGUAAGUUACGAUUUUGCAUUACUAUUUAACGGUAUAUUGGCUUAUAUUAAUGUGGUGAUGAUAGUGCGAUUGUUGUAAUUAACGUUAAAAGUUAACCGGCCGAUUAUGGUAGUAUAGGGUUUUAAAAUAUAAAUAUUUUGUAAAAAACUAUUAUUUUUUAUAUUGAUUGUGCCGCGGGAUUAUUUUGUCUAUUUACAUCUAGUCGGAUAUGUAUAUUAUUAUUAAAUAUUGAUGUAUACGAAUAGGGUUAAGUUUUAAGUAAAAUUAAUUAUAUAUAUAUUCUUCCAGGACCUGGAGAGCUUAACCGUCGCCAAUGGAAUAUUCUCCGACAAAGCGUUCGAAUUAAGUGCAGAUUACGAGAGUCAGGUUCGUAACUAUUUGAAAUCAGAAGUGAAGAGGUUUGAUUUCGCCGGUAAUUCGUCGGCCGGGGAAUCGGAAAUUAACGAAUGGACGAGUAAAAAAACCAACGGGAAAAUCACUAAACUCUUCGAGCGUGGUAAUUAUUGUUGAACGAAAAGCAUUUCAGUGAAUAUAAUCAUUGUUUAAAAACCUGACCUUGUCUACGCAAAAAUGUAUCAAAAUCCUAUUUAUCGAGUUUGUGCAGUUUCUAAAUGGACAGUUUUUAAUAUUUCCACGUAGAAAAACCGAAAAAAUCAGAAAUGUAUUUUUAAACAAUAUUCUGCGGUUGUCUAGGACGGAAACAGUCACAAAAUUGUCAGGAUUUGGGAAAUUCGACGUCAAUACGAAACAUGCAUUUUUCUGGUGAAAUUCGAAAUAGUUUGAUAAUUUUGUCUCAUUCUCUGUAUAAAAUGUAGAUAGGUCGGUAAUUGAUUUUUAAAUUUAGAUAUCAUAGGUCCACCAAUGUCAAUUUUUAAAAUUCUAUACUAUUGAAAUAUUCAGAACUAUUAUUUAAAAUUCUGGACAUGACUAGUCAGUUAAAUUGCGCGAAUUUAAACUAAUAAAAUAAAGACCUAUACAGAUAUUUAUGCUUUUAAUAGAUAGUUCUUUGUAAUUUAGAAAAAAGAAAGAAGCAGAUAUAAUUUGUUAAUAUAAAUGCAACAACCACUAUAUUUUAUAUUUGUUAAAUAAUUAAAUAUUUUUGAAAUUUCAGUUGUAUUGAAUAUUUUAAAAAGUUUCGUAAAACGGUAUCGGUCCGUAAUCGGGGUUUAAAGUAACACAAAAUGACAAAGGGUACUUUUAUCCUUAUUUUAUUUUGAGCGUACCAUAUAUUGUUGUUCCGAACAACAAAACGUUUUAAGGAAUUGGUUAUUCAUUAAUUUUUUGAGCCGAACAAAUUUUUUCUCGCUUCGCUCAAAGGUAACAUUAAUUUCUUUAAUUUCAAUAAAUGGAAAAAUUAAUUUUCUUUUCUUUAGGGUAUACACGGUAAAAUUAAUUCAUAUAAAACACGACCCAUAAUAUUCCCUAGCACCUAAUCAUAAACUAAUAUAAUUCAACAUAAAACCGGUAAAAAACCGAAAAUAAUCGAUGCUGCAGGUGUUAAUAUUCGAAACAAAAACAAAAGAACGUAAACAAAAUCAAAAACGGAAAUGAAAAUCGUUUUUUUUUUUUUUUGCCAUUAUACACUCUUGCACCGCCUCUUUCCACUCUGUCCCCUUGCCGUAACUUUCGUAAUAAAUGCUAAAAUAUUCAAGUAUAUUUAUCACUCAUCUAACAUAGUAAUUUAUCCACAUAACUCUAAGAGCCUGUUUAUAGGAACCAUUGAUUCGAGUACGGUAUUGGUGCUGGCGUCCGCAGUGUACUUCAAAAACAAAUGGAAGAAUCAAUUCAAAGAGACCAAGAAAGGCAUGUGGUGCCUGACCGCCAAAGAUCAUAUCCAGACCCAAAUGAUGCACCAGACCGAUUACUUCUACUAUUAUAAGGAUGACCAGAACAAUUUCUCCGCCGUCAAACUACCGUAUGCAGUACGUAUAUAGCAGUGUAAUAUUAUUUAUUUAUUUAUUAACGGGCUUGGAGCCCAAUAAAACAAUACUAUUACAGUAAUUAAUAAAUUUAAACAAUAAAGCAUAAACAUUAAAGUAAGCAAACAAUAGAAUCGAUUUAAAUUGCAAAUGAAAAUUAUAAAAAAGAACAAAAAAAAAAAAAACAAAUGAAAAAUGAUAAAUGGUAACAACAAAUUUCAGUCCUUAAUACUAAACAAAACAAUUUAAGAAAAGUUUAGUGCUCGUAACCCAUGCGCAUUAAUUAGAUUAUUUCUACCGUAGUUGGUAUUGUGGAAUGAAACAACAAAGAAGAGAUGGAGUAUCCACACGUCCGUCAAUAAGCUUAUGUAAAAACACCAAAUUAGCUUCAACUUUCCUAUCUGAUAGGGAGAAAAACCUCAGUUUAUUCAUCACUAGACUAUAAUCAUGCAAUAGAUAUGGUAUUUGUAAAAUAAAUAACACCGAAGAACAAAAACGCCUCUGGACCAGCUCAAUGUGAGAAGAGUCUAUUGCCGUAUUAAGAUCUCAGAGAAUAGAGGAAUAUUCCAAAAUAAACCGUACGAGAGAACAACACAAAGCUUUGAGAGAACUAGAGAGCUUAAAUUAUAGUAUAGUUUUUCUCUUGAGAGAGCUAACCAAGCUUAACUAAGAAUUAUGAUCGACGGAAAAUUUUUGACCUAUCUAUCAGAAUAAUUUUGUUUCUACAAACCUGGCAUACGCAGAUAUAAAUCGAAUUAUGGACUAAAAUGAGGAGUGCACCCAGUUAUCGGUAAAUGAUAAGGUAUUUGUAUCUAUAGCAGCAUGCAGGCUGCAGCAAUUCGAACGAAAAGAAAUAAAUCCCCAACGUUUGUAUCUCAUUGCUAAUUUCUCAAAGGACUUCAGUGUGUUAUGUGAAAACUUAGAACCUACAUCUGUAGAUAAGUUGUUGAAAAUAAGUGUUAGAAAUAAAGGGUCGACGUCGGGUCAAUCGUAUUUUGAAGUAGAAUAAAACAUUUGGUUUGAAGAUAAUACAUAAGAAUUAUAAUACGAAAUUAUGGUAUUUUAUUAUUUUGAGACGGAACAUUUGAUAAUAGUGAAGUAUUGUGCGUGAUGCCUAAUCAAAUUUUUUAUAACUUACAAUAUUCGGUCUAAAAUAUGAUUUUCUUCUACGGUAAAUUAAAUUUGACUACUUGUUUUUUUUUUUUUUUUAAAUUAUAUAUAUGUAUUAUAUUUUUCAAAUUACGAUUUUAUUUUCACCCUGUAUGAUGGAAGUUUGGAACCGUUUCAAAAGUUUAAACGUCUGAAAACGGACGUCCUGUACUUGAGGGAUUACACCCAUAAACUACUGUUUGGCCGAUAGUGUACUGAAAAUGUUUAUAUAGGGGAUGUUAAAACUAGAAAUUUGAUCAUUAAGAAUACAAGUUUUUUAACCGAAAUAAACACUAAAAAUACACCAAUCGCGUCAUCGGAGUAUUUUAAUUAUACUAACAUAGAAAUAAUCAAUUACAUGUUUCUCCUACAGAAAGGCGAUUACGAUAUGUUGGUUUUGUUGCCAGACAAAAUGGACGGUGUCAAGGCGUUGGAAAAGUACAUACUGAGUGAUUCCUCGCGGUUCCCUAUUUUGAUCGCAAAUCUCACCAUUCACAAGGUCGUCUUGGCUCUUCCGAAGUUUAAAUUCGAAUCGAAUAUUAAUCUCAAUUCACACAUGACUAACGUAAGUAUAAUAUGUAUAAUGAAAUUUUGACGUUGAUCGAAACGCUAAUGUAAUGGCAUAUUAACGGGUGAACUCAGAAAUGUUCGGACAUGGGCGUUUUUACUGAAAUACCUUUUUGGCUUUAUUAUUUGUUCUGUUACUCGCUAUGAAAAGUUAAAACAUACAAAAUGCAAGUCUCCGUAUGCAGUGAUAUUAUGUAGAGCUACAUCCGUCUUAUUAUAAUUUUUCUGCAAUUUAUUUUACAGGUUUUUUUUAAAAAUUAUUUUGAAUGCGUGGUUUGAUUUAAUAUUCAGACUGAUAUGAAAAGGUACUUUGUUACUUAUAUUAUUUCAACUCUUUAAUUGUGUGUGUUCGUUCGUUAAGAACAUAAACCUUAUAAUAACACGAACUUUGUCAUUAUUUAUCGUAUGAUUAGAUAACCAAUUAAUAAUGAAAACAUUAUUUAAUUUCGAAAUUAUUAUUCACAUUUAAAUACAUGACAAAACAUGUUUUCUCAGUAAAUCCAAGUGAACUUUGGAUAGUAUUUUGUAUUAUACAUUUAAACCAUAUCAUAAUGCAAAUAUUUUGCACCAAAUUACCAAUUUACUCGUUAAAUUGUCUAAACAUAAUAAUAUUAUAAUCAUUACUACAUAAUUAAACGGUAAAUAUUUAUCAAUCGUGUAAUUAAAUGAAAAUAAUAACAAUGUUAUGAGUAUGAUAAUGCAAUUAUAAAAACUGAUAGUGAUAUCGGAUUGAUAUAAUGUAAUACAAUAAAACACAAAUACGUGUUCGCGUGUGGUAAAAAAUUAUGAUAUUUUGUUAUAUCGUUUUGUUUAUAAUAUACUUCAUAACAGGCAAUAUUUUAUUAUGUUUACUUAAAACGAUGAAGUGUGUAGGAAAAGGAUUACAAAAUGCUGUAAACGUGAACGUGAAGCGAGAGAGAAUAGUUUCUUUUUUACAAAGAAAUGUUUUAGACGAUUUCGAUAACGUAUAUAUGCCUGACAGUAAUAUGUUGUGUAAUACGUUUUUUUGUCGGUCAAAAAGAACAUUUAAGCGGAGGACGUCACACUCGCGUCUACUGCGUUUUCAGUCCAACUUACCGGUGCCAUAGUAAAAUUGCUGUACGUAAAUUAUGAAAUUUUGGUUAAAAUUGGAGUCUAAACGCUAUAGAUGGUAACAAUUUAAGGAGGAGAAUAUUUCCAAAUAAAAUGCGCGUUGUUGUUUUUCAAAAACAAUCUUAAACAAAAAAAGAUUCCGGCUUCUUUGAAAACAUAAAAAGUGACAAAAUUUGUUUGAAAAUAUUUUAGAAGAACACCGACGUAUAUCUACCCUGUAUGCCGUCUGUCAGUUAGAAAUGUACACGCGGGUGUGGUGUUCUCUCGAGGACAUUUUUUUUUCUUUUCAGUGAAUUGUGUAUAUUAUUUUCUUUUAGAAUUUCCCAACGGUCAGAAAUGUCUAAAAUUUAAAUUUCGUACGUCUAUACAUGGAAACCCACUUUUAAUGUAGUUUAUGCACACAUCAUAAUUUAAUCGUGUACUAUUAUAUAAUAUUAAUUCCAUAUGGCAUUACCUUUAUUAUAUUUUGAACAGUUGGCUGCAGUAUUUAUUACCCUGGUACAUAAUAUGUCACGAUUCCGAUUCACAAUUAUAUUGAAUUUUAAAUAAUCGGCUUAGUAACGUUAAUGCUGUCGGGUAUAUUUCAUUUUAGGCUUAUAAAUUACCGACAUAAUAAUGUUCUAUACAACUCGGCUGAAUGUCCGUAUAAUAAUAUAUUAUAAUUUUCCCUUACUGGACAAAUCAAUAAAACAUUUUCGGGAGUAUUGAUUUCGAUGUUUUCGAUCCAUAUCGAUCGCUAUUUUUGUUGUUGAUGUACUAAACGGUUUUGAAUAUUAUUCAUAAUAAUUAUUGUCAAUAUUGCAGGUGGAAUGUUGUACUAUCGGUUAUAUUUUUCGAUCGACCUGUAGACAAAACAAGGUACUUUUUUUUCGGAACUUUUUGACGUUUUGAGUAGCCUUUUUGUGAAUAUAAAUCUGGUCUCUACUUAUAAGACAUGUGUUUUAAGGCGAAUGUACAAUUAACAUUUGAGAUUAGCUAAUGUAUACCGAUGUGGUUUAAAACGAUUAUCUAGUGUAUCGAUUUUCAAAUAAAAUGUAUACAAAUAUUACGUUUUUGAAGUUGUACAUUGAGGGGAUUUCAGACGAUUCUGGGAGGACUAAGACCUCAUAGCCUCCCUAAUUGUACCAUUGAUUUGAUCCACUAUUUUACUUUGCCGAAGACAAUCUUACUAUAUUAUAUGUGUCCAAUUUUACACAAUAGAUUUAAUAUAUUUAAUUAGUUUGCAAACUUUAUGUCGGAAGUACAUUGUUGUAUUAUAAUUAUUUUUUUGUUAUACCGUAUAAACAUUUGACAUUAUCGCUUGUUGAUAAAAUACCUACUAUUAUAUUAUUGUUUCCAACAGUUGGGCUGCGGCGAAAUGUUCACGUCGACUGCCGAUUUCUCCAAGAUAUCUUCGGGAGGAGCGGGCAAAUUGAUAGUCAGUAAAAUCAAACACAAAUCGUACAUAGACGUGAAUGAAUACGGGACAGAAGCAGCGGCCGUUGCCGGUAAGAACGCGAGAAUUUUUUGAAUUUCGAAAAAAAAAAAUUACUUAAUUCUCUUUUCUUUUCUCUAUUUGUGUUUCUAUAGCUGUAACCAUGUUAAAAUCCAGCGCAUUUUAUCCACCAGACAUCAAGACCGUUAACUUUCACGCUUGUCAUCCGUUCUUGUUCGUUAUUGUUCGAGGCAGUAAUAUAAUUUUCAUGGGCAGAUUGGCCAAUCCCAACGUGUAGAUUUUAUAUAACUUAUUAUUAUUAUUAUUUUAACAUCAAAUUUAUAUUCGUGUAAACAUUAUUAUUUAUUGUUCGAUAACUCGAAUAAAUAAACCAGAAACAUAGUUUGUGGCGUUUAAAUAAAAAUUAUCUAAGACAUUUUAAAAUUUCAUAUUUU